AUGACACAACACACGAUACUACCCUGCACGCCCGAUGACACCAUGGAGAUGGCAGCCCUCGAACGAGCAGCCUACGGCGUCGAACCGCUCUCCAACCUCAUGUUCGGCGAGCCGUCCUCUUCCUCCCUCGACGCCCGCGCAGAGAGGUUCGCCCAGCUGAUGGCCCACCCUACCUCGCGCUGGUUCAAGGUCGUGGUCGACGGCAAGAUGGCCGGCGUCGCGUUCUGGCAGUUCAGGACCAACACGGACUGGAUAAGCGAGCUGGACGGGCCGGAGAAGGGCGAGGAGUACCUGGAUCAGGGCACGAAGGGGCUGCCGGAGUCCGGGUGCGAUGCCAGACGUGUGUUCUUCAACUGGCUCUACGGCGUCAGGAAGAGACGGAUGGCCGGCAAGAGUCAUGUCUUGCUGAAUCUGCUGGCCGUGCUUCCGGAUUAUCAGCGACGAGGCAUCGGCGGGACGUUGUUGAGGUACGGUCUGGAAGAGGCGCAGAAGCUGGGCGUGCCCACCUGGCUGGAGGCUUCGUCGGAAGGGUUCCCGCUCUACAGGUCCCAUGGGUUCGAGGUCGUAGAGCCGUUUACCAUGCGGCUGGCAGACUACGGAGGCAGAGAGGAAGACGGCGAAAACAAGAUGUGGGGGAUGAUCAAGAUGCCAUAA